CGUGUUCGAUUCCCCACCAAACCAACCCAUUCCAUUUUUUGACCCGAUCCAUGUAAAUCAAUCCUUAUAAGCAAAACCUCGCCUAACCCUAAUUCGCUCUCACUCUUCCAUCACUCUUGCGGAAAGAGAUCCGAGCAUCUCAAACAAUGGUUUAUGUUAAGGCUCAAAAGUCGAAGGCUUACUUCAAGAGGUACCAAGUCAAGUUCAAGAGAAGGAGAGAGGGUAAGACUGAUUACCGUGCUCGGAUUCGGUUGAUUAACCAGGAUAAGAACAAAUACAACACCCCAAAGUACAGAUUCGUUGUUCGAUUUACCAACAAGGAUAUUAUUGCACAAAUAGUAUCUGCUAGCAUUGCUGGUGAUAUUGUUCUUGCCGCAGCAUAUUCACAUGAACUCCCCCACUUUGGUCUUGAAGUAGGCCUUACAAAUUAUGCUGCAGCUUACUGCACUGGACUCCUCUUGGCCCGUCGGGUUCUCAAAACACUUGAGAUGGACGAAGAGUAUGAAGGCAAUGUUGAGGCAUCUGGAGAGGAUUUUUCAGUGGAGCCUGCUGACACCAGGAGGCCAUUCCGUGCUCUCCUUGAUGUUGGUCUUGUUAAGACCACAACUGGAAACCGUGUCUUUGGUGCCCUGAAGGGAGCUCUAGAUGGUGGUUUGGAUAUUCCUCACAGUGACAAAAGGUUUGCUGGUUUCGACAAGGAAAAGAAAGAGCUUGAUGCUGAAGUUCACCGCAAAUAUAUCUUUGGUGGACAUGUUUCUGCCUACAUGAAGACUUUGAUCGAGGAUGAACCAGAGAAAUACCAGACACAUUUCAGUGAAUAUAUUAAGAAAGGAAUUGAAGCUGAUGGACUCGAAGAGCUGUACAAGAAGGUUCAUGCUGCCAUUCGUGCUGAUCCUUCUAUUAAGAAAUCAGAGAAGCCACCCCGUAAAGAGCACAAGAGGUUUAAUCUGAAGAAGCUUACCUAUGAGGAGAGGAAAGCUAAGUUGAUUGCACGUUUGCAAGCACUUAACGCUGCUGUUGAUGACGAGGAUGAGGAUGAGGAUGAUGAGUGAAAAGCUUUGUGUUUGCAGCCCAAGUGAUGGACUAUCUAGAUCUUUUUAUAAUUUCCAUUUAGAUAAACGUUUUCGUGAGAAUUUUUGUCGCCUGUACUAUUUAAUUUUCAGGUUAAAAUUUUGGAUAAGUUAUGUUGGCCUUUUUCUGGUUCAAUAUUUGACUAAGCGUUAAUGUUAUUUUACUUAUUUUUCCGUUGCA